AUGUUGCAAAACGUCAGGGCCAAGGGGCCUCUCCAGUUCAAGUCGAGCAAGGUGACGUCCAUCCUUCUCGUCGCCUCUGCUUGCAUCUUCGCUACGACCACAGGUUUCGAUGCCGCUUUGAUGAACGGGAUCAACAUCAUGCCUUCGUAUACUCAGACGCUGAAGUUGACGACAACUACAAAGUCGCUGAACACGGCAGCAGGCUUCAUCGGAUCGGGCUUUGUAUCGCUCUGGAUCGGACCUGUUGUGAACCACAUUGGCCGGAAGCGAGGCAUCAUGCUAUCCAUCAUAUUUAAACUCAUGGGAGUGGUGUUCAUGUCGGCUGCCCAAAAUGUGGGCAUGUUCGUUCUCGGCCGCGUCCUGCUCGGUAUGGGUACUGGUACCUCCGGCGUUGCGGCUUCUACGAGGCGCGGUAUAGGCUUGAGUGCCGUCUACACGGUGUGGUAUCGUGAAUCAGGCGCUCUUAUCUCCGCUGGCGUCACCUACAGAACAGCCAACAUCGAAGGCGAGUGGUCCUGGCGCCUCCCGUGUCUCCUCCAGGGCCUGUUCAGUUUCGCCUGUGCUGCGGUGCUCGCCUUCGUUCCCGAGUCGCCUCGCUGGCUGGCCUACCAAGGCCGUUUCAACGACGCUCUGGAAGUUGUGGCGUCAAUGCAGUCUGACGGCGAUACCACCGAACCCCUAACACAGGCUCAAUAUCGAGAGAUGAUCGAUACCAUUGAAUGGGAACGUGCCGAGGGCAAGCAACUCAACUACAAGGAAAUGCUGGCAUCUCGCGGUUCACGCAAGCGCGUGAUGCUCGCCGUAUCAGUCGCUGUGAUUGCGAUGAUGAGCGGCAACAAUAUCGUUUCUUACUAUCUGGGCGAUAUGCUGACAGCAGCGGGGAUCACGAGCACUCAGACCAAGCUUGAAAUCAACGUAAUCCUCAAUGCCUGGUGCUUCGUCUGCGCCCUCACUGGCACCCUUCUUAUGGAUCGCAUUGGCAGAAAGACAAUGUGUUUGCUGUCAUGCAUGGCGAUGGCCACUACAUUGUUUAUUGUAGGAGCAUUGACCAAAGUUUAUGGGCACGGACAUGAUACAUCAGGUACCUACGGGACGAUCGCGUCGAUUUUCCUGUUCCAAGGCAGCUAUGGUAUUGGGAUCACACCUCUCACGGUGUUGUAUCCUCCUGAGGUCUUGAACUAUUCCAUUCGGUCGAAUGGAAUGGCUGCAUGGACGAUGGCCGUAAACAUCUCAGGUGUAAUUGUCACCUUUAUCUUUCCUUUCGGAUUGGCGGCCAUUUCUUGGAAGCUUUACAUGAUCAACGCCGCAUGGGACGUGUUGCAGUUCGUCUUUGUGUUGGUCUUUUGGAUCGAGACGAAAGGCUUUACCCUCGAGGAGAUUGACCGUCUCAUCGACGGGACAAAGCAUAGCAAUGUCCCUGAUAUCGUGGACCUGCAAAACGGCACUGCGGUCCUGGAAGGCAAAGGCGUCGACAGCACUGGUGCCGAGGUUGACAACGUCCAGGCAACUAAGGAGGUCAAGACUGUGGUCACACCCACGGUGAACUAG